AGAAAAAGAAAAAAAAAAAGAGUUCUCAUUUCCCAAGUUAAUCAAUCAAGCAUGGAUUGCUUCACAUCACAAAUUUCAGUUGUGUUGCUACUCUUGCUAUCUGCAAUGACAUUCCACAAUGUCAUUUGUAGCGUAAAUAUGAAGCUUAGUUGCAACGAAAAGGACCAAACUGCACUGCUAAUGUUCAAACAAGGUGUGGUAAAUAAUUCAAACAAGCUCUCCUCUUGGUCCAGUGAAGAAGAUUGUUGUACAUGGAAAGGAGUCCAGUGUGAUAACGUGACAAGAAGAGUUACAAGACUUGAUCUGAAUCAAGAAUACUUGGAAGGUGAAAUCAACCUAUCGCUGCUUCAAAUUGAAUUCUUGACUUACUUGGAUUUGAGCUUGAAUGGAUUCACAGGUCUAAGUUUUCCAAACACCCUCAACAAAUCACUACUCACACCUUCUAAUACUUAUGCUAACUUCUCCAACCUCAAGUACCUGGACUUGUCCUUUAAUGAAGAUCUUCAUUUGGAUAAUCUUCAAUGGCUUUCUCAACUUUCUUCAUUGAAAUGGCUCAAUCUCAGUUUGAUUAAUCUUGAAAAUGAAACAAACUGGCUUCAAACCAUGGCCAUGCAUCCUUCCCUUUUGGAGUUGAGAUUGGCAAGUUGUUAUCUAAACAAUAUCAGCCCUUCUGUCAUGUUUGUGAAUUUUUCUUCACUUGUGACUCUUGACCUAUCUGGGAACUAUUUUGACUCUGAAUUACCUUAUUGGUUGUUUAAUAUUAGCAGUGAAAUCUCCUAUAUUGACCUUAAUUUCAAUACUUUGCAGGGUCAAAUACCCAAGAGUUUGUUAAAUCUUCAAAAUCUUAAAUAUUUAGGAUUGGUUAACAAUGAACUUACAGGUCCUAUUCCAGAUUGGUUAGGGAAACAUGAACAUCUGCAACAUCUUGGUCUAACCGAUAACUUGUUUUCUGGUUCCUUUCCUUCAAGUCUAGGAAAUCUCUCAUCCUUGACCAAAUUAACCGUUAGCUCCACUUUGUUGACUGGCAAUCUUCCAGACACCAUUGGCCAACUUUUUAACUUGAGGAGUCUAUACAUUGGAGGUUCCUUGUCAGGUGUUCUAUCUGAAAAGCAUUUUUCCAAACUCUUCAAUUUAGAAUCACUCAUCUUGAAUUCAGCUUUUGCAUUUGAUUUGGACCCCAACUGGAUUCCUCCUUUUCAGCUUCAUGAAAUUAGUUUGAGUAAUACAAUUCUAGGUCCUGCUUUUCCAGAAUGGCUCUACACUCAGAGGACACUAGAAAGUCUAGAUGUUUCUUACUCGGGAAUUUCAUCCAUAAAUGCAGAUAGGUUUUGGAGCUUUGUAGGUAACAUUGGUGCAAUCGUCUUGACCCACAAUGCAAUUAGUGCUGACUUAUCAAACGUCACUCUAAAUUCUGGAUAUAUAUUCAUGGCUCACAAUAACUUCACAGGAGGGCUCCCAAGGAUAUCAACAAAUGUUUCCAUUUUUCAUGCAUCUAACAAUUUCUUGUCUGGAUCAAUUUCCCAAUUAUUGUGCCAAAAAUCGGGUAGGGGAAAAAACAGAUUGAGUUACUUGGAUUUAUCAGAUAAUCUUUUGACCGGAGUAAUUCCAGAUUGUUGGGAGAAUUGGAGAGGUUUGGCUUUCCUUUUCCUUGACAGCAAUAAGCUAGGUGGUGAAAUUCCUCCAUCAAUGGGUUUGUUAAAUGAACUCAUUGAAAUGAAUUUGCAUAAUAACAACUUGUCUGGGGAGUUUUCACUAGACAUGUCAAACUUUACAUCAUUGGUGUUCAUCAACCUUGGAGGAAAUAAUUUUUCUGGUGCUGUACCAAUGAAGAUGCCAGAGAGCAUGCAAGUGAUGAUACUCAAGUCCAAUAAAUUCACUGGCAAGAUUCCACCACAACUAUGUAGUCUCCCUUCUAUACUACAACUAGAUCUUUCUCGAAACAAACUUUCUGGAUCUAUUCCUCCUUGUGUCUACAACAUUACUUCCAAUGAUGGUGCAAGAACAGGUCAUUUUCAGUUCACUCUUGAUUUGUUUUGGAAAGGUCGAGAGAUGGUGUAUCACGACACUGGAAUAUUGAGAAAUCUAGACGUUUCAUCAAACAACCUGUCUGGAGAAAUUCCACCAGAACUUUUUGGCCUCACUCAAUUGUUGUUCUUGAACUUGUCUAGAAACAAUUUCAUGGGAAAGAUACCAAGCAAGAUUGGUGGCAUGAAAAAUUUGGAGUCCCUUGAUCUCUCCAACAAUCAUCUUUCAGGGGAAAUUCCUGCAGCUAUCUCUAAUCUGUCUUUCCUAAGUUAUCUCAAUCUUUCAUACAAUGAUUUCACUGGACAAAUUCCACUAGGGACUCAGCUUCAGAGUUUUGAUGCAUGGAGCUAUGCUGGGAAUCCCAAACUUUGUGGACUUCCCUUAACAAAGAAUUGCUCUAAGGAAGAAAAUGAUCACAAGGCAAAGCAAGGUGGACCAAACGGCUCUGAAAAUGACUCACUCUAUCUUGGAAUGGGAGUUGGAUUUGUUGUUGGCUUAUGGGGAGUUUGGGGUUCUUUGUUUCAUAGGGCAUGGAGACACAAAUACUUUCGGAUACUGGAUCAUAUUCUAGACUCUAUCUAUGUGUUUGUAACUCUAAAGUUAAAUAAGUUUCGUGAAGUAAGAUCAAGUUCUAGAUGAAGUAAAAGUGUUUGAAUGAGCUUUUUAGAAAAUAGAAGAGCUUGGAAAAGUGGUAAUGUGAAGGCACUUCAAUAACUCAUUUUGUGAUUGGAUGUACAUCUACUUAAAUGCUUAUCUAAAUUAAGCAGUGUUUGUCAUUUGGUUGUAAUGAAGUUACUAAAACGGACAUACAUAAAAGGUUAUUUAUUUUGAAUAUUAGUAAAAAGUAAUGAAUGUUAUUUGAGA